AGAUUGGUAACAGAUGUUAGCUUAGGGACAAUCUUCCUCACACACAUACACAAAACCCAAAAAACAUUUACAUGGUUUGUUGUUUGUAUAUACAGAUAUAAUUGAUUUUGGUUUGUCAAUCUUGUAUCCAAUGACCUUGCUAAAUUAACUUACUGAUUCUAAGAGUUUUAUUCACAGAUUCUUUUGGAUUUUCUACAUAUAACUUUGUUAUCUACAAAUAAUGGUGGUUUUAUUUCUUUCUUCCAGUCCUUAUACUUUAUUUUUUCCCCUCUCUUUUUGCACAGGCUAGUACCUCCAGUGCAAUGUUGAACAGAAGAGAUGAUGGGGACAUCCUUGUAUCAUUUCCAAUCUCAGGGAUAUCUUUCAGUAUUUCACCAUUGAGUGGGAUGUUUGCUUUGGAGGUUUCAGAGAUAUUCUUUAUUAGGUUAAGGGAAUUCCCUUUUAUUCCUAAGUUGAUAAAAGGGUUUGUUUGUUGUUUCUUAAAAUCACGAAUGGGUAUUGAUGCUAUCAAGGGCUUUUGGGGCAUCUAUGGAGAUAGAUAUCUAUAUAAUUUUUAAUUUUUAUUCUAUUGACAUUUAUCUUAAUUCCCAUUGAUUGAUUUUGGAAUGUUGAGCCAAUCUCUCACUCCUGAAAUCCAUUCAACCUGGCAGUGUUAUAUUUUUCUAUCCAUAAUUAUUUUUGUUAGGGUUUUUGCAUCUAUGCUCAUGAGAGAUUGGCGUCUAAUUUUCUUGUUUGGUAUCAAGGUGGUGUUGAAACCAAAACGAGUUAGGAAUAUUCCUUCUUUCCCUCUUUUAUGGAAGACUUUGUGUAACUUGAUGUUUCUUCCUUAAACGUUUGGGUGAAAACUCUUUUGAUAAAAUGCUUUAGAACUAGUGUUGUAGACCACGUUUUGGGACUUAAACAUGAAAUAGUCAAUUCCUGUCAGUUUGAAUCCUCUGGUUUUCAUUCAUUUCCUCCCUUAUGCAGCACUGGCCACUUCACCUUUUCCUUCCUGGCUGUGUGGGGCUCAGCUAAGCCCCCACACAGGAGAGCACUGAGGCUCUUUGAGGCCUGAGCUGGGUCCUAGGACUACGCUCUGUCCCUGCCAUCAGACGGGCUGCCCCAGCCCUGCUCAGCCAUCUCCACGCUCCUCUGACAGAAUGAAUGCCCUGGAUGGUGUCCCCUUCAAGGUUCCCAAGGGCUUUGUGAUAGGCAAAGAGCCCCUCCCUGGGCCAGAACUCAGUGUCCCAGCCUGCAGGGAGCUUCUGCUGGGUUCUAUGGUAAGUGUAUCUCUCUGUCUAUCUGUCUCCUUGUCCCUGGGUCUGCGGGCCUGAGGCUGAGCCUCAUGGGGAAUUUCCUUGAUUUUAAAGGCCAGCCAGGCCUGCUCUGGUGUAUUCUAGGGAGUUUGGAAAUAACCCAAGAGGAAAAGGGGUUUCAUGCAGAUGGCUGGUGGCCUGGUCAUAGUCAUUAUUUAGUGGGUGUUAUUUUAAGCUUAGGAUGACUGGGAGGCUGCCUAUAUGGAAUGCCUGAGAGUCAUUGCAAGGACGCCCCAGUUCCUCUCUUCUCUAUCAGCCUGCUGCCAUGUCUAAAAUUCCACCAUUAGAAUCACUUCUUUGGGCUAAGAUACUAUCUCCAGAAUUCUCUGUUAAAAUGCAGUUACCUGGGGCACAUUAGAAGGGAUUACUAUUCCACAGACCCAAAGCACAUCUGCCCUGGAGGCACCCUUGAAGCACCCCAUGUCCCAUGGCUCACACACUGUGUCAGGCCUGCUCUGGGCUCUGAGGAUAGAGAGGCUAAUAAGACGCAGUCCCGACCUCUGUCAGGGAGCCAUACUGGAAGAGCUAUGUUAUGUUCCUCCCCAAUAUAGGCUCAUGUCAGGGGUGGGAGGGCACAGCACCUGUGAUCCGUGUCUGUGCCUUUCUGCCUCCCUUUCCCUCACACACUCCACUUCCCCAGACUCUCUCUCCCUUAACUGGCCAUCAUACAGCAUGGAAAUUGCCUUUUUCAAAUUUUUAUAUUUUUUAAUGGAGUUUUAUAUUUCUGGUUCUUAAUUUUAAAGGUAGGCAACAAGAAUAUUUUAUUUUUGCCUCACUUAUAAACUCUCAAAUUAGAUUAUUUAUGUGGGCUCCUGAUUGCUCUCAGAGAUGGCCUGAUCCAUAGUGGAGCAAGCACUACAGUCAGAUGGACAGUGGAAUCCCAGCUCAGCCACCCACCACCAAUCUGACCUUGAGCAAAUUAAAUUUUCUGAGCCUUAUUUUCAUAAUUUGCAAAUAGGAAUAAUAGGAACUCUACUAAGAGUAGAGUUUAAUAAAGAUUAGCGAUUUUUACAUUUCCUGGGCCCCAAAGUAACCAUGGAUGGCAGCGAAGGGGCGAGGGGCAGAGCUGUUGAUCCACAGGGAGGUUUGUGUGCAUGGGCAGGCCCCCAAGGCUGACUGCUCCAUGGCAAGUGAUGCUGGGCUCAAGUGAAAGCUUCUUUAGUAAGAACAAGUUUUAUUGGAGAAAUUUUUUAAGGCGCUGUUGUUCAAUUACAUACUGAAUGGCAAAAGGACUUCGAUAUUGGAUUUCACCACAUUUCAUUCUAUUAACCUAUUCUUCACUUUGUCCUUCAUGCAGAGUUUGCCAUUAAAUUGCUAUUGCUAUCCAUCCACCCCAGUGGUAGCUAAAACUGAGGGUGAGGAUGGGCUGUGAUGGAUGCCUGGGGCUCAGAAAAGGAAGCUGUCCAGGCCUAGCAAGGCUUCCACUGAACCGGGUCCCUGGAGGCCAGAGGGUAAGGGUGAGCACCCCUGGGCUCUGGUUUGCCCGGCCCAGCCUCUUGUCACCUUCUCUCCACAGCACGACUUCAGCCUGGAGCGGAGGACGCUCUUCUGGGUGGAGGCUGUCGUCCGGGGACCCUGCCCGUUGCAGUGCGAUGCCUUAGGGACAGCGUCAGCCCCUCCCGCCUGGCAUUUGCUGGUCAGCCCCGAACACGAGCUGGUGUCCGUGCCUGCCCCAGCCAAAGGCCCUGAGGCCGGACCCGAGGAGCCGCUCAAGGAGGAGGAGGACGACGACCAGGACGAGGAAGAAACCUCCUCUGCCAGCGAGGAGGAGCCGGGUCCCUGCAGCCCCCAGCCCGGCUCCCCGGCGGGCCCCAGCCCGGGUCAUCGGGGGUGCUCGCUGGACGUGCUGCGCGGGGUGAGGUCGGAGCUGGCCGGGGCGCGGCGGCGGCUCUCUGAGGGCCCCCUGGCCGUCCGCCCCCGCGCCCUCCUGCACCGCAUCCGCCACCGGGCGCUGAGCCUCUGCCCCAGCCCCGCGCCGCCCCCCAGCCCCGCGCUGCCGCUCCUGGGUGCCCCCGCGCCGCCCCCGCGGCCCUCCACGGCUGGCGCCAUGCCCCCGCUGCGGAGCCACAAGCCCACGGUCGCGUCUCUCAGCCCGUAUACCUGCCUGCCACCUCCUGGGGGGGCGCCCCAGCCUCUCAGCACCCACAGAUCACACCCUGAUUCUGCUGACCUGCUGUCUGCCCUGAGCCAGGAGGAACAAGAUCUCAUCGGGCCAGUGAUCGCCCUGGGGUAUCCCCUGCACAGGGCCAUCGGGGCUCUGCAGAAGACGGGGUGGCAAAGCCUGAGACAGGUUCUCAGCUACCUCAGCGCCUGUGACCGGCUGCUGCAGCAGGGCUAUGAGGAGGACCUGGUGGAGGAGGCCAUGGAGAUGUUCCAGUUCUCUGAGAGCCAGGCAGGGGAGUUCCUGCGCCUCUGGGAACAGUUCAGCGACAUGGGCUUCCAGCAGGACCGGAUCAAGGAGGUGCUGCUGGUCCACAGCAACCGCCGCGAGCCAGCCCUGGAGGAGCUGGUGGCCUGCGCCCAGUGACCCCUGGGGCCUCCGCAAUGCCCAUGCCUCCCAGUCCUGUGCCAGACCUGGCAAUCCAUUCUAACUGCAUUAUUAAGACCACAUAAGAAUGACAAAGCAAUGCAUGCUCGUUGUAAAAAUGCAAACGAUGCCAAGGGUGUGCGUAAAUACACAGGGGAGGCCAAAUUUACCCAUCUGAGGUUUCCAGCUGGGGCUCUUUAACAAAAAGACAGGUUAACAAGAGAAAAACAAUUAAUGCAUGCAGUACAUAUUAUGCGGGAGAAACCCCAAUGAAAAAUAACUUGAAGCAGCAGUUUAGAACUCCAGCUUAUAUAGCAUCUUCAACAAAGAACAGUAAGGUUGUAGAGAAAUGCUAGGACAAAAGAAAACAGUUUUAGGUUCCAAGCAUGGCAGACGGUGUGAAGGUAAACACAGGGGUGGGAACUGGUGGAGUAAGGUUCCUUUGCAGACUCCUCUGGUGCCUCUCUGGGCUGGUAAGAAUGUCUCCAGAAAAGGAAAAUUUACAUCCUGCUUUUAGGCAGAAAAGGGGAGGGUACAGAGAGCUUUUCCUGCAUUUGCUGCUUCUUAAUUGCCUUUGUUCAAAAUAAUUUUUAUGUCAGUGAGGCAUAUUUUGGGGUGACAUUCUUGUUCUUUCAAUACCAAAAGACUCAGCUGAAAGAGUUGAAAGUGGUUGCCUGUGGGGAAGGGCAGAUGGGGGAGUGUGGAUGAAGAGCUUGUGUUUUUUCAAAGAAGCCUUGUAAAACUACCUGUAGUUGACUCUUUAAACUGUGUGCAUUAGUAACUUUGAUUUUAAGAAAAUUAAAAUAAAUAAAUAAUGGGCAGUU